AUGGAAUCAAUUCCACAAGAAUCAUUUUCACCAUCAGAACUGUCACAGAUGUCUGUAGAUCUGGAUAAUUCUAAUGUGAUAGUCAAAAAUGAAUCGAUUAGAGACUUCGUUGAACAGCAGGAUUCUGAUCUUCCUGCAACCUCAUCUACACCUUCUGUUACAUCACCGAUACUUCAAUAUGAUACCACAUCUUCUGCAACAGAUACUGUAUCUAAUGUGGUACCAUUUGAAACUUUAUAUAAUUCAUCUUUUUCAUAUGAGAAUCCUCCAUAUCUCGGAGAUACUUCAUGUGAAAUUGAUCAAGAGCUUUUGGCUCGUUUAAUGUCGGAAAGAAAACAAUAUGAUCGAAAUAUGAAUCUGAACGGAUCUAGAUUUUACAACAAAGGAAUAACAAGUCAAAAUCGUCCUAAUAAUGGUAUACAGUAUAACUUUGAUUUAUUAGUGGAGAUUGUGCAACAUUCCGUGGUAUACAAUGAUGGUGAAGUGCCCUAUUGGCUACGAGAUUCGUAUGAUGCGACUUAUGGUACAUCUGAUUGGGGUGAAUCUGAUAUUGUGGUCAAUCCGGGUAUAGCAGUUGAUCAAAUAUUCUUGCUUGAUAUUUAA